CGAGUAGGUCGUUUGUGCCCCUGGAACUUUCCGUGGACCCCCUUCCCUCGGAGCGCGGCGGGGCGCGGGGCGCAACAGCCGUUCGGCGGCUCCGGGGUGAAGGGUCAUGGACGCCAUCAGCCAGGUCCCUGCCCAUGUUGAGCUCCCCAAGCACAUCCUGGACAUCUGGGUGAUCGUCCUUGUCAUCCUGGCCACCAUCGUCAUCAUGACCUCCUUGCUGCUGUGCCCGGCCACUGCUGUGAUCAUCUAUCGCAUGCGGACGCACCCAGUCCUCAACGGGGCUGUCUGAGGGCCUCCCAAGAGGGUGAAGUGAGGGAUGAGGACCACCCCCUCCACCCCCCACCUCUCAGGUGUUUGAGUGGAGAACUGAGGCUGGCUUCAAGUCUGCCCCUGGUCAGCUGUGUGCGAUUGGUCAAGACUAACUGCAAGCUCCAGGUUCCUCAUCUGUGGAAGGCGGAUGAUCAUUUGAUGAUCGCUGCCCUUCCUGCUUCAUCAGGGCUGAGAAUCUCAUGUCUGAGUGGAGGGGAAAGCUACCACACAUCACAGGGUGUUUCUGAGCGCGGAGAAGCUCUGAAGACCAAAGACCCCAAGUGCUGGGGAUGGACUUAAAGGUGGCCCUUAGCGGGAGCAGCCUCUGUCAGGGCUCUUCAGGCCAAAAUACACAAAGGGCACUGUGUUCUCCUUCUAAGGGGCCAGCAGCCACACUCUUUUCUUUAAGAUGCAAGUCCCCCCUACUUUGCUCAGAAGGGAGGGAGCCGAACAGUGCCGGGAGAGGAUGGAUGGUACGUCCCAGGAUCUUUUCUGUGCAAGACCCUGCCAUUAUGUAGUGUAUAAGAAGACUGCCUUUCCUUCUCAAUGCCAGGGGAGCUGGGGCCUGAGCUGUGUGCUGUGUCCUCCCCGCACUCUCCUCCCCACUACCCUUGACAUUCAAGCAGUGCUGGAAAAUGACAGGAGAUGGAGUUCCCUGCCCGGCUUGGGAUUCCCUUUGUCUCGACUUCCACUAUAAUUAGCUCCAUUGUACGCUGCAUCACCCUUCGCCUCCUCUCACCCACAUUGCCACCAAGGCAUGGUGCUCGCUUAUAUUAGAGCAGCGGUUCUCAACCUGUGGGUUGCAACCCCUUUGGGGGUCGAAUAACCUUUUCACAGGGGUCG